AUGGGAGCAGAAAAGGUUGUGGGCACUGCUCUCCCGUGCUCAGACCAGAGGAACGACUGCAGGAGGGCAUUUACCCUCCUGUGGCCUCACUGCUUUAUCCUGUCCUUGGUGCAGAAAGUGGAGACACCCCUACACAUGGCAGCCAGAGCUGGGCACACGGAUGUGGCAAAGUACCUGCUGCAGAACAAAGCCAAAGCCAACGCCAAGGCCAAGGAUGACCAGACCCCUCUGCACUGUGCUGCACGCAUCGGCCACACUGGCAUGGUCCAGCUGCUGCUGGAGAACGGCGCCGACCCCAACCUGGCCACCACGGCGGGGCACACACCACUGCACAUCACCGCCAGGGAAGGGCACGUGGACACGGCCCUGGCCUUGCUGGAGAAAGGGGCCUCACAGACCUGCAUGACCAAGAAAGGAUUUACCCCUCUCCACGUUGCAGCCAAGUACGGCAAGGUGGACGUGGCGGAGCUGCUGCUGGCGCGCGAAGCUCACCCCAAUGCGGCAGGGAAGAACGGCCUGACCCCGCUGCACGUGGCUGUGCACCACAACAACCUGGAGAUCGUCAAGCUGCUGCUUCCCAAGGGGAGCUCCCCGCACAGCUCGGCGUGGGAAUUAAUGUAUGGAGAACUCCAGCACAGCCGAUACCAGUUGAACUGGUACCUGAAUGACUGCAGGAGAGCACUUACCUUCCUGUAG